UUACUUGAGGUCAAAUUCGGUACCCGGCAUUCCCAUCCAAAAUGGCCGCCGUCCAAACGAACUGGGGAGGUGGGCGGAUGAAACCGCUAGUUUUACCGAUUCCUGUGGCCUGAUUUUCACCUGUACACGUGUCAGAUCCUUACUUAGAAUGCCAGGAAUAUUUCGACCCGAAGCCGGACAGCUGCGAACUGCGACCCAGAUGUCAGGGCCCUAGAAACUAACGGUAACCGUACGGGACAUCCAUCCACAGCCAACAUCCAGUCUUGUUACUCAGAUCACAGAAAGACGCUCUUGUGCCUUGACUGCAUCAUAAAAAGAAAGAAAAUAAAAUUCCAGACCAUAGUUAUGUGUACUUGUGAUAUGACCGAUGUCAUAUCCACACCACAUUUAUGAUCGUGACCUCUUGGUUAGGCUACCUGUUGGGAACUCAAGUUGCUCCAGUCUUAUACUUUGUCUUGGAAAGAACCUUCUACAACUCCUUGGGAAGGCUGCACGUUGCAGCGGACUCCUCAGUACCUGAUCAAAGGAACUGUACAACAGCGUGUACGAUGGGGAACGCUUGUCUGUGUAGAGACCAGGCCAGUGCAGAAGAAGAGGAUCAUGGUAAUGCGUACACGAGCAAUCCGCAGCCGGUACCGGCAUCGGGAUGGACAAACGCACCGCCGGUGAACAACCACACCGCGGUAGUGACCACGCCGGAUCAGGGACUACCGGGGGAUAACAGGGACCGGAGAAGACCUCCGAGGAGGCCGGCGCCACAGCCGCCAGUCGCGAGGGUCGUCGGGAUGCGGCCGAGGAAAGUGACCAUCGAUGAGCUUGUGCUGGACACACUGGCGGUCAUACGGACACUGGUGGACAAUGAACAGGAGCCGCCAUACGCCAUGCUGGCCCUGCAUGAUAUUGCAGAGAAAGAGGCGGGCUGGCUGAGUGUUGUCCACUCCCUGAUCAACGUGAUCCCCAUGGAUGACCCCCUUGGUCCAGCGGUCAUCAUUCUGUUGCUGGAUGAGUGUCCACUACCAACCAAGGAGUCCAUACUGAAGUUGUCAUCCAGCCUGAGUCUGUGCAAAAGGAUAUCCAGAAUGGGCCUGCAGCAUCCAGCCAGACACAGGAACAUAGCAGCUGUAUUGGGCUGUAUAGCUGAGAAACUGGCAGGUCCAAAUAGUGUUAGCCUUCUGACGGAGGGAAACCUGGAAUACCUUCUAGCAAACCUGGACCCUCAGUGUCAUCCUGCAGUCAUCCUACACUCCAUAAUAGCAUUAGAAAAGUUUUCACAGACAAGUGAAAACAAAGCAACCAUAGCAAAAGCAGGUGUGACGAGUCACCUGGUGAUCCUGGAGAAAUGGGUCAACGACCCCAAGUUCCUGAGGAGACAAGUGGGCUUCUGUGCACAGUGGUGCCUGGACAACCUCUUUUUGAAGGAUGGGAGGACACUUACAUAUGAGAGUGCAGACUUAAAAGGCAUCAACGUACUACUGAACAGUAAUGACACCAGCGAAUAUCUCAAAAUUUCACCACACGGUUUGGAGGCCAGAAGUGACGCCUCGUCCUUUGAGAGUGUACGCUGUACGUUCUGCGUGGAUGCGGGGAUCUGGUACUACGAGGUGUUGGUCGUCACCGCGGGAGUCAUGCAGAUCGGCUGGGCAACCAAGGACAGCAAGUUCCUCAACCAUGAAGGAUACGGUAUUGGUGAUGAUGAGUUUUCCUGCGCGUAUGACGGCUGCAGGCAACUCAUCUGGUACAGCGCCAAAUCCCGUCCUCACGCUCACGAAGCCUGGAAGGAAGGUGAUGUGUUAGGAUUCUUGCUAGAUUUGGACAACAAACAGAUCAUUUUCUCACUCAAUGGGAACAACCUACCUCCAGAGAGGGAUGUCUUCAGAUCAGCCAGGUCGGGUUUCUUUGCUGCUGCCAGCUUCAUGUCCUUCCAGCAGUGCAUCUUCAACUUCGGGGCGGAAGACUUCAGGUAUCCGCCGCCUGUCAACUUCAGCAAGUUCAAUGACCAUGCCGAGCUGUCCAGCGAGGACAAGGUCAUCUUACCAAGGCACAAGAAGCUGGCCCUGCUCCGAGAGCUGAGCUUCAAGGAGAACUGCUGCAAUCUCUGCUUCGACAACCAGGCGGACACAGAACUCAGGCCAUGUGGGCACAGGGAUCUAUGUAUGACCUGUGCGAUCCAGAUCGAGUCAUGCCCGAUCUGCCGGGAACCAAUCCAGCAGAGGGUAGAGGUCACAUAGCAAAGUCCACACUGAACUGCCCAAUGCAUCUCAAUCCAGUGCCUGCAAAGAUUAUUAUUGAUUUACAGAAUUGCUGACUUUAUCUGAAUGAGCGUAUGCCUGUUUUCUUUGCACAUGUCUUGCAUGUAUGCAUGUCCAGUGUAUUUUUUAUGCUGACUGACACUGUUGAACUGGAUAUCAUGUUUGUAUUUUCCAUCACCUUUUAUAGCAAUGUAACUAUGAUGUUUGUAGACUUAGUAGAUGAUCAUCUUUUUAAAAGGUUUUGCUCUCUGCAGGGAACAGCUACAAUUGCAGAUUGUUUGAUUUUCACUCAUCAUGCAUACUGUUCUCUUUAAAACCUUAAAACACUGAUAAUGUUCUGAAGGUAAACAAGAAUACAUACUUUAUGCGUAAUGGUACCAUAUUGACUAAAACAAUCCUUCACACUUGAAGAGUGUCUGUUUGGAUACAAACUCUUAGGAAAACUUCACCGAAAUUCCAGCCUGUUGUCAAUAGUAUGUAAGUAGUAAGGUACAUGUGUCAUUUGUGUACCAUAAUGUGUUUAUCGCUCAUAUCUGUGUAUCAGUUUUUAGCAAUGUUUGUAUAGUUCAACAAUAGCAACUAUGUUCUGUUACAAUACACAAGGUCAUUUGCAAAAUUGGUACAUCUUCUCUCACUUUUUGUUCAUGGUCCCUUUAGUACAUGUACAUGUAUAAGGUGUCAUUAAAUGACUGAGUAGCAAGGCUAAUACACAAGAGAUGGAGAGGUCACAGGUUUGAUUUGGUGGGCAGGCAUGCUCCCCCAGGAAAAUUUUGAAAACUAGACUGUCUGAAAUGCCAUUUCCUUUAUUUUCAGGGGCAAAUUUUGUCAGUAGACUCAGCUUAUUUCAAUUAAUAUCUUUACAUGCCAAUUUUUGUCCGACCCACAGGAUGGAGUGGGCAAAAUUUUUGACCGUCCACAGCAGCAAAAUUCUGUCAAAGGACGGAAGCUGGCUAGAACCCUGCUCCACACAGUUGUAAAAUGUGUACCUGACCGUAGAGUUUUGAAGUAGAAGGCAGUAGGAUCUAGGAGGAGAGUUAUGGGCUCCAGCUUCCAAUACCGUGCCCUAGACAUGAUGAAUAACAACUCACUGCCUACACAAAUGUAUAUUGGCUCCUUGCUAUGGGACCUUUACUACUACCUACAUCUGUAUAACUUUCCCCCUUCUGAGGUAGCUAAAUAAGUUUCUAUUGGUUACAUCAGCAUGAAGAAGGAUAAAUCUAUUAUUUUAAAGACUCCAGUUCCAUGUAAUGUACAUUUAGUGCAAUACGAUACAUUGUAAGUCAGAACAUGUCGUAUUCAUGCCUUUCAUUUAACAGACCACUUUAUGUAAAGAUGCCAGAAUAUCUCAUAUGUUUUAUAUUAUGUAUUAUUGCAGAGUUUAUCAGUAACAGGUAAAGCACCUUUCGCUGCUGAAGCACUGAAGACUGUUUUGGCGUUGCACUGCGGGCUUCAAAACAUCUGAGAAUCUGCUAUGAAAUCUAGAACUGAAAACAUUGAAACAAAAGAUUGAGCAGAAUACAUAAACAUUGUAGCUCCAUACCCAUUGUCACGUACAUGUAUUUUAUGCCUAUUUUGACAGGUUUUCAGAAGAUUUUGACUGUACCUUUCUGUUUUACUUUAAGCAAGCAAUAAUGUGAUUCAACAGCAAGAACAAAGGUUCUGCAGCUUUCUUCAUGUAUGUCUGUAUUUACAUGCAAAAACACCUUAUGCAAACAAAUACUUCUCUAACAAAAGCUUGGAUAGGAUCUGGUGGCUGCCAUGCAGACAUCCCAACCAAUGAAACAUGGUAAGGGUAGGAAGAAUUCAGAGAAAAUUGUUAAAUAUCAAUCUGCUAUCCUUGGCAUAACGUUACCCUUUUGUACUGCACUCUAUGGUGUGUAUUGUGAUAGUGAACAGUUUGGGGGUUCUUAAAACAGAGAUUACCUUGUUAUACUGUUACAGCUACAAUCCUGAUGAAAAUUUUGAAGCUCAUGUAUACACAUUGUUACUGAAUGAGAUUGCUGAGAAUAUUACAUGUAAUUCCAGAUUGUCAAAAUUUUUAGCUGCCACUUGGCACUAUUCAUCUAAUACCCAGUAAUGGACACUAUAUUGUUCUACGGCCAAGUUUGUAUGCUGCUGCUACCCUGCCUACAAAUAUAUGCAUGACAGAAAUGUCCCAGCUCUGAGUAUACAAAAACAUACUGUAAUAACAGCUGUACAUAGCAACCUUCCACUGUGUACAGUCUAUGGGUUUUCUGUAAAUAAAAAAGAAUUUACUGCACUUGA